AUGGCGUCACCAACCGGACUACUCUCGCUUCCUCCGGAGAUCAUCAGGGUCAUAUGCCGGGAGCUCAUUCUUUACCGACCUGGCUACGACGAAAACCACGGUCUAAAACAACUGUCCUUAUUUUCACGAACAUGCAAACAUGUCAAUCAAGCCGCGACGCCCCUACUUUAUUCUCGCUUCCUUGCCACCCCGUCAAUCCUGGUAACCAUGCGAUUUCUCUCCAGCCUCUGUCGACGUCCCGAACUUGGCGAAUUUGUGCAGCAACUGGGCUUCAAUUUUCCCUCUACUGAGAUUAAAGUCAUCGAGCACCUGGAUAUAUAUUCCGAAGCGGCAGCCAGGCUCGGCGUUCAUCUCGGAGAUUGGUCAAGUCAUAAUCCCUACGAGACACUGAUACACCUCAUCAUCGGCCACACUCCCAACGUGAGAAGUAUGCAGAUCUUUACGGAUCGAUUCAUUGAGCCGAUGGCGAACAUCCCCACUGUACUCGACCAACUGGCUGCUCAAGGUCCCAAACGGAUAUCGUUCCCGAGAUUGGAGAGGCUCCUUAUAAAACAUUGUUAUGUUACAGGCCUCCCGAUUGAGCAUUACGCAACACUUCUUGCACUUGCUCCCUGCCUGCGCCAUCUUUGGCUUGAGCCGAGUCCCCCCCUGCAUCAUCCGUGGACUCAGCCGAGUGGCCGUCUGUCUCUCGCCAGCGUGACGCGGCUCACUCUGAGGCUCGGUAGCCUGACAAAGAACCAAUUGGAGACGGUAGUUCACAGCUGUGGACCAUUGGAGCUAUUCCAGCACAGGCAAUCGAUGUAUAGCUUUGAGCGCAGACCGUCUGUGACGCCCGCAGAGAUGAUUCGGAUUCUGGAGCCGCACGCAGGCACACUCCGCGCUCUGUCACUCGACCUUGCGUGGAGAAACAGGGAUAACCCUGCUGCAUUCUACGCCGGCCCGCUGUGCAUGGAGGGCGAUCAAAUCCGAUCCCUGAAAGCCUUCUCGAGACUUGAAGACCUUGAACUGGACGGGAGCUGUUUUGUCUUUCCAGCAAAGGACGACUUCUAUUACCACGCAUACGUCUUCGCACAGAUGCUGCCCGAGACGAUACGUAGAUUUCGUAUCAUAGUCGCACCGCCAGGCACUGUAGAGAAUCUACGGACGUUAUUGAAGUCGAGAAGCCAGUUCCCGCGCCUGGCGCAAAUAUGCAUGGAGAACAGGAUGCUCUGCCCCGAGUUGGACCACAAUGUAUUUUUCAGGGAGCGGGAUUUGACAGAUCUGACCGUGAAGAUGAAACUUGCUGGAAUUCGAUUCGGGCAUGAUUGCCCCCUGAUUGUGGAUUCUCCAAGCCCAGAUUUUGAGUUCACUACAUAUGCGAUAUGGCCGAAUCAAAAUCCCAGUUCACCAAAAGAAACGGUGCCUCUUCCUCAGUUUGGGCAACGCCUUCCUGGCCAGUCCGAUGGUGAUGCGUUUGAUCUUGACGGGCUCUGGGGCUGGUGA